AUGACGCUCCGGCUAGGCACGGUGGUCAUCAUCGUCGUCUCCUCCGCCACCACGGCCCGCGCGCGAGGUCCUCCACACGCACAACGCCACGCUCGCCGGACGCAACCCGCCGGACGCGUGGCACGCCGCCAACUCCGUGUUCGUCCUCCUGCCUCGCGCGCCACAAGUGGCGCGCGCUGCGCAGGAUCGGCACGGAGCGGCUCCUCUCGCCCAGGUGCGCGGCUCGACGGGGACGCGCUCCGUCCGCUGCUGCGGGACGCCGUCCUCGGAAUGCUCCGUCAAGUGUCGGAGCUCGCGGCGUCCGGCGGAACCGUGGAGGUCGGCCGCGUGGCGUUCGCGGCCACGGCGGACCUGCAGUGGCGCGCCAUGUUCUCGUCCGGGCUCGACGAGGCGACGUCCGGCGAGAUGCACGUGUUCGCGCGGGAGGCCGUGGCGUUCUCCCUCAAGCCCAACGUCUCCGACUUCUUCCCGGCGCUCGCGGCCGCCGACCUCCAGAGCGUGCGGCGCGUCUUCACGAGGCACCUGGCGAGGGUUUACCAGCUCAUCGACCAACAGAUUGAUCAGCGCAGCCAUAACCGUGGCGGCGGUGCGCGUAAGGACGACUUGCUGGACGUGAUGCUAGACAUGGAGGAGCAAGGGAAGGACGACGUCGACGACAGCUUGGUGAACGUCAACCGGGAUUUUAUCAGGUCAUUUCUCACGGACAUAUUUCUUGCAUCCAUCGACACAAUCUCGAGUACAGUUGAGUGGGCAAUGGCUGAAUUACUACAAGAUCAACGAAUUAUGACAACACUACAACAAGAACUCAAAAUGGUCCUUGGCUCAAAGACACAUGUUGAAUACUCCGACAUCAACCAGCUUCCCUACCUCCAAGCAGUUGUGAAAGAAACACUUCGUGUGCACGUGGUUGUGCCACUGGUACCAAACAAGGCCGAGGCCACGGUGGAGAUACAAGGCUACACCAUCCCCAAAGGGAGCACUGUUUUGGUGAACUUGUGGGCGAUCCAUCAUGACCCUGAGGUAUGGAUGGAGCCGGACAAGUUCCUCCCGGAGAGGUUCAUGCAGCACGAGGACAUCAAUUUCCAAGGGGCAGACUUCACGUUCAUCCCGUUCAGCGCCGGGAGGCGCAUCUGCCUUGGCUUGCCGCUCGCGACCAGGAUGCUUCACGCCAUGCUCGGCUCGCUGUUGCAUCGUUUUGAAUGGACACUGCCACUCGAUGUCAAGGAAAAUGGUGUGGAUAUGUCGGAGAAGCUUGGGUUGACGAUGACGAUGGCUACUCCCCUCCAAGUUAUAGCCAAGCCAAGAUAAGUUAAUGGCAUG